CAUCGAAUCCAGGGUGCACAUGAGCACGGGCACAAGACAUAUCUCGUAUAACUAUCACGAUAACGUGGAAUAUACGCAUGGCAGCGAAUACCGUCAUGGCGCCCCCAGAAGUCAACUAUGCUCUAUACUUGGUGACAGACUCUACACCUGCGAUACUAGGAGACAAGGAUCUGGUAGCUGUGGUCAAAGCGGCAGUCGAUGGAGGCGCCACCAUUGUGCAGUAUCGCGACAAGACGUCAGAUACCGCAGACCUCGUGCGGAUAGCUGCGCAGCUUCAUCAAGUCACCAAGGCAGCUCGCGUGCCUUUGCUGAUCAAUGACCGGGUCGACGUGGCUCUUGCGGUGGGCGUGGAAGGUGUGCACAUUGGCCAGGAUGACAUUGACCUGAAGUCUGCUCGCAGACUUCUUGGACCUCAUGCCAUCAUUGGAGUGACCGCGAAUAGCGAGGAAGAGGCCAUCGCCGCCGCCAGAGAUGGUGCAGACUAUCUUGGCAUCGGAACCGUCUUUGCAACACCUACCAAAGAGAACACGAAGUCGAUCAUCGGGACCGCUGGAGUUCAGCUCAUCCUCGCCUCGCUCGCCGAGAAAGGUCUUGACGUCAAGACUGUCUGCAUUGGCGGCAUCAACGCAUCAAACGCCCAGCGCGUCCUGUACCAGACAGCUUCGAAAAACAAGAACCUUGAUGGAGUUGCCGUCGUGAGCGCGAUAAUGGGAGUUGCAGAUGCGAAGGAGGCUGCCUUGAAGCUGCGAGAUCUGAUUGAGACACCACCACCGUUCGUCGUCAGUAGCACGAAGAGGCCAUUAUCCUCGGACGACGUGAUUGCGAGAGCUCCAGACCUCGUGCAACGCCUGGCUGGGCGAAAGCCACUAUGCCAUAAUAUGACUAACCUUGUAGUCCAGAACUUUGCAGCGAAUGUGGCACUUGCAAUUGGAGCUUCGCCCAUCAUGUCCAACAAUGGUCUGGAAGCUCCCGAUCUUGCCGGCCUAGGUGGUGCUCUUGUCAUCAACAUGGGUACAGUGACGCCCGAAAUGAGAGACAACUAUCUGAAGGCAUUGUCGGCCUACAAUGCUUUGGGAGGACCUGUACUGUAUGAUCCAGUGGGCGCUGGUGCAACGCAGCAACGCCGAGAUGGAGUCAAGACGCUGCUGGCUGGAGGCUACUUCACUGUGAUCAAAGGGAAUGAAGGCGAGAUUCGUACAGUCGCUGGCGCCACCGGCUUUCAGCAGCAUGGCGUGGACUCCGGAGCCUCACAGUUAUCUUUGGAUGAGAGGAUACACCUGGUCAAAGCCACAGCUGCGAGAGAACACAAUGUUGUUCUCAUGACCGGCUCAACCGACGUCAUCUCGGACGGCGAGCGAAGUCUCGCAAUCAGUAAUGGACACCCAUUCCUCGGCGAGAUAACUGGAAGUGGAUGUACUCUAGGCACCACGAUAGCAAGUUUUCUUGCAAUCGAGCGAGAAGAUCCUCUACUGGCCGCAGUCACGGCGAUUCUCAUGUACGAGAUCGCCGCCGAACGAGCUGCCGUAAGAGACGACGUCAAGGGUCCGGGGACGUUCGUGCCGGCUUUCAUCGAUGAGCUGUACAGGAUACGACAAGAGAGCGUAGGAGGUAAUGGUUUGUGGUCUCAGACAGCAAAGAUAGCAAUCAUUUAG